CUUGUUUAGGCAUUUAAACGUUCUCUUUCGAAAAUCCAAAACUAUUAUUUAGCAAGCAUUCAUUUUGCGUAAUAAUGCUUAGGCCUAUCGUUACUCUAAAUUUGCCAAGCACAAUAAUCAGUAAAUUGCACGAAAAAGGAUUCUUCUAUGUUGAGGAACUUGCAAAUCUGAAUUCAAAACAAUUAAAAAAUUUUAAUUUAAGCAGAUCGGACAUAGAAAAACAAUUGCAACCGUCUCAAGAACUGGGAUUGGAUAUUUGGCAGAGGGAAACUCAGCAAGAGCAUAUAUCUCUGUGCUGCUCUGAAUUGGAGGCUGCACUCGGAGGUGGAAUUCAGUGUAGGGUAAUAACAGAAUUGAGUGGUGUUCCAUUUUCAGGAAAAACACAAAUCUGCAUGCAACUUUGCAUUUCAGUGCAAUUGAACAAAUGUUACGGCGGUUUAGAUGGAAGAGCUAUUUACAUAGAUACGAGAAGUGGAACUUGCGCUUCAAGGUUUAAAGAUAUUGUGCGAGGUUUGAAUAAAAGUUACAAGGAUCUGAAUUUAAAUGCAGAUGAAGUAUUGAAAUGUAUUGAAAUUUUAUCACCAAAUUCUGUUGAAGAAUUUGUACAAAUUAUCGACAGCUUGAAAUUCAAAAUGAAAAGUAAUAAAGACGAAAAAAAGGUGCGGCUUAUUAUCGUCGAUAGUUUAUCAAUGCCUAUUCUUUGUUGCAUUGACGAUCCAACGAAACGGCCUUACUAUUACUCACAUAUUCUUCACAAACUUCAUAAGCUGGCGUUAAUCAAUGAACUAGCUGUAGUUAUAACAAAUGAAUUAGUUAUGCAAGUAGAUAAAGAUGGAAAGUCUUAUUUUGCUGCGGCCGGAGGUCAGUACGUCGCUGAUUAUGCUUCGGUGAAAUUGGAAAUGACAAGAUUGACUGACCAUAAAUUUGCUACUUGUCUGUUAAAAAGCCCAAUAAUGCCUGAAAUAUCGGUAACGUUUAUGAUCACUGAAGACGGCAUAAGGAACUUUUCCUGUACAUAACAUUGACUUGACCAGCGUGAUAAAAUUACAUUUAAAAAAAUUACAAUUCCGCAUUUGUACGACACAAAAAAGCUGAAAGCUCUUGUUAUGAACAUCUAAGACACGAAUGUGAUAGGACGUCCCAUAUAAUUAUACGUAUACACCAUAUCAAUAAUUAAUUAUCCAGAUAUGAGUGAUACUAAGGCACGUCUGUAAUCACCAGAAACGUCAUCCUGAAAAUACAAGUUUUAUGAUUAUAA